UGUACGGCUGUUCGCUUGUCUCGACUCUAUUCGACUAGUACACAUAUUCCUCGCAAGUGUCACGUUGCGGUCGAGAGGAAAUUCACGUUUGUAAGCGACGAUCGUUCGUCGGGGAUCGUCUUCGUCGUCCUUCCUUCCUUUCGGUCAUCCACAUUUACGUAGAUACAUAUAUAUAUAGAUACAUACACAUAUACAUUUUAACAUAUAUACGUAUACGUAUAUAUAAUGUUAGUGUAUUUCCUUUCUCAUCCUAUUUACGACGAUCGUCGGAGAACAGGUUGGAGAUGGAUUUGGCUUUAAAAUGAAAUGCGCGAUCGAGGAUGCGAAAGGGAGCAGGCGUGGACUGUUCGUCGUCUGAGGUCAGGCGUGGGGAUGAACUCUACGGGGACUGCGAGAGGGAGGAGGUCUGGGGCGCUUCCUGUGCUUGGCACUAGCCUAAAAAAGCUCCACAAACAGAAUCGCGACCGAAUGUCUUUUCAAUGCAACGAAAAUGGUGAAGUGUGGGAAAAAGUGGGCAUUGAGUAAAGGCUUCGACUGCUCGAAUCAUGACAGAGGCGUCGGAGGAUGGUAACUACUUAGUGAGGGUUCGUGCCCAAGUAAUGACAAGAGAUGACAGUUCUGGUGGAUGGGUUCCUCUAAGCGGUGGUGGAUUAGCAAAUGUUUCGGUCAGACGUAGAGCAACUUCAGUGGGUGGACUUCAGUCUAAUAAUACCAAUGGUACAAGCAUCUCUACUUCGAAUGUUACCACUACAACUUCAACCACCAAUUCUCUUUCGAGUACAACUGUCAAUGCACAGGGUCAUGGAUCUAGUACUUCUCCACCUAGUGCGACAAAAAGAAAACAUGAAUAUCUUAUCUAUGGGAAACGUAUCACCGAUCAGUCGGUUGUUCUUAGUUGUACUAUCAAAAAGGAUUUUGAAUAUAACAAGGUAAUGCCAACUUUUCAUCAUUGGCGGACAGGAGAGAAAAAAUUUGGAUUAACAUUUCAAACAGCAGCAGAUGCAAGAGCAUUUGAUAAAGGCGUACGUACUGCAGUGGAAGAAUUAUUGGAAGAUGGUGGUGAUGAAGAUGUUUUUAUGACCUUAAAUCUACCUGUGGAUCCUCUAGAUCCACGUCCAUCUUCGGAUACAUCUCGUGGAGUAGUUCGUGUACCUAAUUACCAUUCCCAGUGUUCAGAUCUUCUUGAUUCAUACAAACCGAUUCAUUACAUUGGUGGAUCUACCAACAAAGUACCACUAUCUCAACAUCCUUUAACAUCAACUGCAGAUAUUGGAUCUGAUAAUUACUCCUAUGUGCAUCUCACAACAGUUAAUCAUGAAUAUUUAUAUCCCAUCGUCGAUGAUCAUAAAAGUGAUAGAUUAGACAGGCACAAUACUGGAAGUUCUUUGAAAAAACCCGACAUUAUAGUGUCUCAACCUUCAAAAAAUACUAUUAAACGUAAUGUUCGGUUACGAUGUAAACAUUGCCAAGAAUUAUAUUCUGAGCAGCACAAUCCUAGAGGAUCUUGCGAGUAUGCUCCUGAUCCUAUUAGACGUGGAAUAGCAACAAUUUCUUGUUUAUCAUGUGCUCAGUGUAUGCUAUAUCAUUGUAUGAGCGAUGCUGAAGGUGACUUUGCCCAAAAUCCUUGUAGUUGUAGUACAGAAGAAGGAUGUGGCAGAAGAUGGAUUGGUCUGGCAUUAUUAUCACUCAUCGUUCCUUGCUUAUGGAUUUAUCCACCACUCAGAGCUGUUCAUUGGUGUGGAAUGUCGUGCGGAAUGUGUGGAGGUCGUCAUCAUCCUACAGAAUAACUGGAGGAUCCCUUUGAUGCCUCUGCUCCAUACUCAGUUGAGUCAACCAAGUUUUCAUCAUCGCGUAGUGCAGUCGCUAAUGUGUAUGAAUGUUAUGAUCUGAGUAUGGGACGUUGUCAGAGGUAUCAAAGGGGCAGACAGUUUCCAGUACAUGCACUGAUUCACCAACAUCAUCUGUGAGAAUUUAACUGACAAAGAAAAUGAUACCAGCACAAGAUGUUGCAUUUAGCCUUCACACUGUGUAUAUUCCGUACAUUUUGUAUACUUUAUUAGCAGUAUGAAUUGUUUAGUCACAACUGUAUAUUAAACGAUUGAAACAUGGAAGUAAGAUAGUAUUUACACUUCCACAAAUUGGUCUUUGGAUAGCAGCAAUUGGACUGAGCAACUAUGCGUUGUACAUUAUGAGAGUGUAAAUUAUGAGAAGUGUAAAUUAUGAGAAGUGUAAAUUAUGAGAGUGCAGCUGUGAAACGUCGCAAAAACUUUUUAUUCCCAGUUUGAAAUAUUCUCUGCCUCAUGUAAUGUGUGUAUAGAAGCACAAUGUCCACACUGGAAUCGAGCAUUGCUGCGAUUGUCAGAAUGAAAGUGUAAGAAUGUGUUCUAUUCAUAAGUUCUGAUUAUACUAAACAAGUUGAAGCCAGUAUUUGCUAAUUUUCUAGCCCUUAUUAGCGUGUAAUAAAGCGGGGAAACAAGAGUAAAUUGAAAAUGUAAAGUUAAUCGAGAUAUCGUAAAAUUGCUCUGAAUUUAUCAUUUAUUAGCCGUUGAAAAUUAUCUCGUUAAAAUAUAUGAUGGAAAGCAUUGCAAUAUUUGCAUGUAUCCUAUGUUGCUGCUACAAUUAUUUGAAUAAUUAAUUUCCUAAAAUAUAAAAAAAUUAUUGUCAAGGUGAUUGAAUAAUCUUCUAAGUUGCAAACCAUUUUAUGGGUGCCUAUAUUGUACAAAUUUUGUGAUAUUUUAGAACAUAUUAUGUGUAUUUUUAUGUAUUUUAUUGAUAAAAAUAGAUUGACAAAAGCUGGCUGCAUCUCAUAAGAUGCAAACAGUAGCUAAUAUUUAACGAAUACAACUUCUUCAUAAAACAAAUACAAAUAUUUGUGACCAGUGCCUGAUGUAAAGAAAAGAUUUAUAAUCAUUAAUUGAAUUUGUCUAAAUAUUAUUUAAUAAAAAGUAAUGACAUAUUAAAAAAGAUUAAAAUAUAACAUUACUAAUUAAAUAAUGAUCUGAUUCUUAAUAUUGUUCAUGGCACUUAAAGUAUUUUAUAAUUAUCAUUUUAAUUUUUACUUAUUCUUAUUAACGAUAAUAAACUAUUUUAUUUUAAUGCUCUCUCUAAUGCUUAUGCUCUCUUUUGAUGAUAUUUAUUCGUAUAUUAUAUGCAUCAAUGCAGUAAUAUUGUACAUUUAAAGUAUUUAUAAAAAAUGAUAAAUUCUUCCUUAUUUGCAGAUCAGUUUUAUUGAAAGUUUGUAAAUAUAUUUAUGAUCUGCUUCAUAUUAGUACUAUCAGUUUUUUAAGUAGAUCCAAUUUACUUUAUCUUAUAUAAAAUAAGAAGCAGCUAGCUUAAGCAAUAAUUAUUAUCAUGAUCUUUCGUAUCUAACUAUGUUAGAAAAAUAUAUAUACAGGCUUUUUGUUUCACGCUUUUUCCGUCAAACUGUGCCGUAUGUUUUACGAGUAAAAAUAAGAAAAAAUUUUAUAUAAAUAUAGACUUACAAAUGCUUUGUUAAAAAGUUAUAACAAUAAUUAAAUUAUUAUUAAUAUAGUAUUGCGUAAAAACGCGAUCUAUUGUGUUUACUAUUAUUCAUUAUAGUAGCCGUCGAUGUAAAUCGUAUCUGCGUAUUUUUCAUAUAAAAAGAACCAUAGAAUUUUAACAAGUCGUACAAAUCUAAUAAUAAUAGAAGAUAUAUCAAUGACAAAAGAUACUUAUUAUUUCGACGUUGUUAAGUAAUAAACAUAACGACGAUCUUUAUUCAUUAUAAAAUUUGUGUUUACUACUCAUUUCAUUUCAUUUUUCUUAUAACUUUGUAACAAAACAUUUGUAAGUCUAUGUUUAUACAACAUUUUUUUUCUUAUUCCUAUGUAAAACGUAUUGGUGCAGUUUGGCGGAAAAAAUUGGAACAUCCUGUGUGUGUGUAUAUAUAUAUACGUACAUGUAUAUAUCUAUAUAUGUAGAUAGAUAUAUAUAUGUAUAUAUAUAUGUAUACAUAUAUAUAUAUUUAAAAGACAUGUUGAAGAAAUACCUACAGAUCUGAUUAAAUAUUUAUAAAAAUUGAUUUGCCAUUUAAUCAUGAUACUCUUAGAUAAAUAGUGCCAUAAUAUAGAUCAUACUGUUAUACUUGACAGCUAAGCACAAAUUUAACAUUGCAAAGAUUCUUAUAUUUGUUUAUUAUAUUAUGUAAAUCACCUUGACAUUCAUCUCUAUGUAUAAAGAGAAUUAUUGUAUAUAUAGAGAUUGUAAAAUAUUUUUUAAACCAAAGCUUCAAAAUGUUGUGCUAGAUAGUUCUUCAUGAUCAGCUUAUUGAUAUUGUAAAAUAUUUACAAUAUUAUUUUUAAGAAAUGGUUGCUACAAAAUUGCUAACAAUACAUAUGUAUAUGUAGAAACAAUUUAUGAGAAAUAUGUUAUUUGUUAUAUAAUUAAACUACAAGCAUGUGAUUGUUCUGCAAACUUUAAUAACAGCAAUGCAUGAUAUAUUUUAGAAUUGUACAAAGUGACAAAGAAUGUAUUUUAAGAAUAGUACACGUCUAUGCUUAUUUAAAUAAUUAAUACUUUGUUAUGUCCAAUAUUUCUAGUCUAUUAAUAUAGUAAUGUUUAUGCAUUGCUUCUCAUAUGCCAUAAAAAAUAAGUAUCAAAAGUUUAUACAAAACAACUAUUUGUAUUUUCCUCCAAAAAUGAAAAUUUAUUAUUCUUAAAUUCAAGAAGUAUGUAUAUAUAUAUAUAUUAUUAUUGUACAUACAUACUUGUUUUAUUUGAAAGUUUUUAUUGAAGUAUCUAAAUGUUAUAUGUCAUAUGAUAGCUAGCCUUUUUCCAUGGUAGUUCAUAUUUAUGAACACUGAUUUAAACAUCCAUCCAUCUAUAGUAAAUAUUUUAUUGAUGUGUUCCGUUACGCCCGUCUGAAUGCAGUAAAUUUUUAAUUAUAUUUUAGAAUAUCUAUCUUUACAUAAUUUACUUAAUAAUUAUACUUGAUUACAUUUUAAAAUAGCAUACAUAUAAAUAAUAAUAUAAUACAGA